AUGCUCGCCCUAAGAGCAUUGACCUUAUUGCUUCCUGCUCUUUCAGCAGCGUACAGCCUCAAAGCCUGCACGGAUACCGGCUGCAAGGAGGGCUGCGUGGACUUCAGCGCUGAUGAUGUGUCGUCAGACUCAGAUUGCAUGGAUUUCGGCUUUGUGGCCAAGUCUGUUUACUGGGCCCGUACUUUGAAUACGCUCGAUGGAUGGUACAGUCCUGGCUGUAAGGGUGGGACAGGCAAAGAAGAUGCUUGGAUCAAUAGUGGAAACCCUGCAAACAAUGCUUGUAUGAGCCUUGCAGACACCGACUUCGCGAAGAGGGGUAUUCGAUAUUACAUCGUCAACAACAGUGCAGAAUAA